CAUGAGGAAAUAACUAAGCAGUUUCACUGGCAUCAGAUGAGCUCAGGAACAGAGGCAUAACUAAUUUGUUUAGUCCCAAAAAGAUUCUAUUAGCAUUUAAAGGCUUGCAUUCAUUCCAUCCUUCCAACUGUAUCAUAUUAUCUUAAGUUUAUAUUGUAGGUAGCAAAGUGUUUUUAUAUAUUUCAAUUAUGUCACAACAUAAGAAUUAAAAGUUUCUAUAUACAGCACUCUACACAGAUUCUUGUGCAAAAUCAACCAGUCCUUAAAUAUAAAAAUCCAUGUGGGUGAAGGCAUUUCCAGCAGAGCUCUCUUCUGCCAGGAAUGCCUUGCUCUCACACUCACACCUGAAAGUUCCUCAGUAUAACUGCAGGGUGAUCUGUUUGACACUGAGCAGCUCCGCUAAAGCAUCUGGGGCUCUUUCAAUGUAUCUGCCCAGAUUUAUCCUACUGACUCACUGAUCCAUCCAACAGCCUUCUGGGAGAACAUACACAGUUUAGUCCAGCGAGUUCAAAAUAACACUUUUUGGGCUCUUCCUUUCAUCUGAGAGAAUAUUUCACAUUUAAAAAAAAAGGAUCCUAGUGAAGGUGAAGUAACUGUUUAAUUGUUUUUAAGUGUUUCAAGCCAAACAACUGCUGGAUUCCAUGCCAUGAUUUAGUGUCCAUAUAUUUAUGGUCCCAGAAGUCUUGGCUUAUCCCUGGAAGGUCAAAGUUCACAGUUUCAACCGCAUGAACUUUGCUGACUUUGGCAAUCCCUUUGUUUUUCCCUGUAAUGCCAUCGUGAGCUUCACAUCUGUGAUUUUUAAGUGAAACAAACUCAGACUGGAAUGGAAUUUGGUGCAGACACUCAUGUUCACAAAAGUAAGAUUUCUGUCUUUCUUUCAUUGUGUCCGUGUGCACACAUCAACAUUGGCACUGCAUUUAGCUUCAGUUGGCAUUUGCAUUUGUUUAUUAGGAAUUUGGUGAAAAUUUUACCUGCUGAGGGGAGAUGUGAGCUUCUUGCAGUCUAUUAAAAUUCAUGUCACAUGUUCUUUUCCAUAUGGGAAAAAGAGCCCAAAGUGUGUUAUACAUAUAAGACAUAUAAGGUUUAGUGGCCACAGAAGAACAUCAGAUCAAGAACAGCUACCAGGCUGUUAAAAAAUGAAUUAGUGGUUAAAAUGAAAUGGAGAGGUUUUGGAGCUGGAAGGUACAGUUCAGCUGCUUGGAAUCCAGAAUCUGAGAAUGUAUCAGAGCCAGUAAUGAUAUGUGGCAAGCGGCUCGGAGUCAAGGAGGUAGAAAGUAAGCUGUGACCUAGGGGGCGGCACAUAUUAAAUCAAGAGCUCUGUAUGUUCCAUUAGAGGUCUUGGACACACUGUGUUUAGAUUAAUGUGAAGAGGGGGGAUUGGGAGCGCAGGGCUAUGGAAAGGAGAGGUUUUGUCUGUUCUGUCAAUUACAAUUCUGGAAUCUGUCUCUGGGGCGGGGCUAUAAGGCCAGGGGGCGUGGCUAAUCAGGCUCCAUGAUUGAAUAAACAGAAGUUUGGGGUGAAAACUGGGGUUCUGGGGAAAAGAUUGCUGAUCUGGUUGCUCAAAUAGCUAAACCUGAGGAGAAGAAGGAGAGGGGGGAAAGCAAAAGAAUUCAAAGAAAAAUAAAGGAGAGACACGGGGAAUGAAAGAAUAAUAAGGAAAGGGAGAAACAGCUGAGUGUUGGGGUAGUCCAAGAAAAGCAGGAGAAGUGGGGAGAGCAGGGAGAGACAGGAGCAGGAUGAGUGAUGUUGAAAAGGAGGAAAGGGAGGUGGGGAACAAGAUCGAAAGGCUCUUUAGGUUCUCCAGGAUCCUGAGGUUUUAUGUUUGUUCUCCCCCAAGUUCCAGUGGUUGUUACAUAACUGGAAAAGACUGCUGAAUUGUAAGAUUGUGUAUGGUCUGCCUGCCAACACAAUCACAGCACAGCCAGCCGACUCAUCUGCUGUACACUGGGAAAACACGGCCUUGGAUGUGUGGCUUGGAUUAGCCACACAGUCAAUGUGUAGCUAAUAAGUUCAACUUUGCAUGCAGUGUGACUUUUCCAUCCCAUCAUCCUUUGUUAAGAGGCUACAGAGGUGAAAUCAUGCUUUCAUGUUUAAAUUUGUAUCAAAAAGCCUUUUUAUGCCAGACCAAGAGGAAAGUUGGAGAGUGAAGCAAUGACAUAAAGCUGCUUGUAAUUGACAUGUGGCAGGUCAAGCUUCCCACAAAGAAACACGAUGAGCAGUGUUUUAGCUUUCAGCAGUUCAGCAGUCUUGUGCACGGUGGACCUUCACCGAUAGCUGUUUGUGCCCAUCAGCAGCGUUCCCUUCAGUACCUGAAUCUUCAAAUUGCAGCUGUCGGCUUCAUUAAAUGUUCUUUGGCUUCGCUCUUUACAUAAACACAAGGAAAAAUAGAAAGAUCAUACUUUUCUUUGGAAAAAUUCCAUCUCAAUGUUUGACUUUGCUUCCAGACAUGCCACUCAUCACGUCCAGAUCAUGUGACGGGAGGUACCCCCUCAAGUCACUCCUGCUCCCCAGUUACUGAGAGGUCAAGCUGAUGCACAUCUGGCAUUUCCUGUUUCCUCUCCUCCAUAUGCCCCCGAGUGGCAACCAUCCACACAAAAUCACACACACAAGGACACCUACUCAUUCUCUUAAACAUCUGUGCACAUUCAAAGUUAUUUUAUAACAGCAAUGAACCCAACAAACAGUCCAACAGGUAUACCUCUGUUCCACACUCAAAUGUUUCCAUUGGACUGUAAAGUCUUCCAGCUGGUAUGGACUUCGUAGAAAGACGGGGGAAAGAGAGGAGGGAGGGAAAUGGAAGAGAAAGAGAAAAGAGUAAAAAAAAAAUUAGAAGUGAAGAGAGAAAUGAAAAAGAUGAUGACAGACUGAGAGGAAGAAAAUCUGAAAGGCAGGUGGGGGAAAGAGUCAGAAGAAGAGGGGCAAAUUCUGCAUCUCACAAUGCUGGAGACACUUUCCAUCCUGUGGAUGCUGUGCAGGGCUUAAAGGCUGUGUGAGACUGCAUACGUGUGUCCAAAGCCAUUGGCAAGAUGGGGGACAGAAUGGUGCCGUAUGGUUUUCAUAACACACUCUGAGGGUUUUCAAUACCAACCCUGCUCCCCACCUCCCAAGCCCCACUAACCCAUCAUCCCCUCAACUAUUCCCUCAUAGUCUCACAUACUUUACCAGCCCCCUCUGCUUUUUCCUCUACGUAGCCUCUCCGCCUUUACACCCCCACCCCCCACCCCCAUCUUUCUCUUCUCCUGAGGUUCUCUCAGAACUUUGCAGAGGCUUGAAAGCCUGAGCAGGAUCAGAUGCAGUGCAGGAUUUCUGUCCCAGAAAUUCACCUAAAUUCAUACAAGGAUAAACUUUAUCUAUUUUGGACUUAGCUCAAGGAUAGAUAGACCCAUUCAAUCUUUUUUUUUAAUUCUGGACUCUACUGGUAACUCACUGGACUGUUUUUUGGACUCUACUGGACUAAAUUGGACAUUCUGGGGUUAAUUCUAUCGGACUUUCAGUUCAAUCUAUUUUGUAGUAAGCUCUUAUAAAAUCUGAGGCAGCAGUAUUGGCAGUUUGAAUGGAUUUAUUUUACACUGCAGUGCCUUAAUUUUUGAAGAAUCUGGCCAUCCCAGAUAAAAUAAGGCAAAGAAAAAUAGCUUCAAAUAGCUCCUUUAGACCAAAUUAUGUAUUUAUUUCUUUUAAAAAAAAGUUAAGUCUGGAGUGGAAAGCGGUAAUUUGUAAAACUAACAAUAGAAGCUCAGUUUGGCUCAGGUGAGUUUCAAUAACAGGGCAGAAAAGAAACCAGCUGCAUUACUGGAGUAUUUAUUUUGACAGUAAGGUUGGCAUUCUCAUUUAGAUGUUGGUGUAGUUUAAACUUCAUGUCUUGGAGGAUGCAAACAAUCACCAGAAGCAGCAGCAGUUGCAGCAGGAUGAGUCUUCUGUGCGUGCUGUGGCUGCUGACGGUCUGUCUGGCUCCUGGAAGCCGAGCUCAGAGGCUGAGGGAAGCAGAGAGGGAGAAGCCAGCAGAGAAAGUUCCGCUUAUGGAGAGCGAUGGAGUCUGUUACCAAGAAGGAUGUUACGCUGUCUUCCUCCAGAAGAAGACCUUCAGGGAGGCUGGGCGCAGCUGCCGGGAGCGCGGAGGGACCUUGGCGACGAUUUAUAACCAAGAAGCUGCGGCUGUCGUCCACGAGCUGCUGUCAGCAAUCGAGACACAGGGAUCCGAGUCAAAGCUUUACCUCUGGAUUGGGUUGCACAGACCUCCACGUCAGUGUUCAUCCACCCGACCGCUCAGAGGAUUCGUCUGGGUCACAGGAGACCAGAAUGUCCAGUUCACCAACUGGCUCAAAGAAUACUCCCCAUCAACUUGUGGAGUCUAUCGCUGCGUUUCCAUGAUUGUUCACACAUCUGAGAGCGGGCGUGAGAGCGAAGAAAACUUCCAGUGGCUUGACGGCUCCUGCUCGGUUCCACUGAAUGGCUAUGUUUGCCAGUACAACUACAAAGGCAUGUGCCCACCUCUUGAAGAUGAGGGUAGAGGUCCACCUGUUUACACCACCCCAUUUUACCUUGUCAGUAGUCUGCUGACUCAUGUGCCAUUUGGGUCUGUGGCCACCGUGCAAUGCCCUGCAGACGGCGCAAAUCCAGAUCCUACUGAGAUGACCGCUCUGUGCAUCCAGAGAGAUGACGAAACAGUGGGCUGGUCCACCGAUUCUCCACUUUGUCCACCCAUUGAGGAACCACAGAACCAAGACUGGUGUAGCAAGAACCACGGAUGUGAGCAGCACUGCCAGAACACAGACACAGAUUACUACUGUUACUGCUCUGAGGGCUUCACAAUAGAUAAGGAUGGAUACAGCUGCAAGCCUGACACGCUGAGCCAAACCAACCCACCUGAGCUAUCUGACUCUGCAGGUCCCACCGACUUGCCUCACAUCAACCCGGCCUGUGUGGAGAUGGGGUGUGAGUAUAACUGCAUGGAGACCCAACGGGGUCUUCGGUGCACAUGCCCCCCAGGCUAUCAAAUGGCUCCAGAUGGCCGCAGGUGUUCCGAUGUAGAUGAAUGUCAGCAAGGACCGUGUCCCCAGCUCUGUGUCAACAUCCCAGGUACCUUCCACUGCACCUGCCUUUCAGGGUAUCAGCCAGACGACGAGGGCGAGUGUGUGGAUGUGGAUGAAUGCCUCGAUGAUGGCAGCUGUGAGGGUGUGUGUGAAAACACAGUGGGGUCCUUCAGGUGCGUGUGUGAUGCUGGCUAUGAGGUGGGCAGCGAAGGAGAGUGUGUAGAUAUAGAUGAGUGUGCAAGGGGGUCGCCCUGCCAACAGCACUGUCUCAACCUCAUCGGAGAUUACGAGUGUUUCUGCGACAAUGGCUACGACCUGCAGUUAGACAGACACUCCUGCCAGCCUUCGCUUGAAGACGAAGAGUAUUCUACUCUGACCCCCGACCCGGGUAACUCUGUUCAUGUAGCCAUCUUUGACCAUGAUAUUCCCUGGUCCUCUUCAUUCACUCCUGACCCAAACUUUGAAGUUGACACCAAUUUUGAUGCUGACUGGGUGACAGAGGCCCCUGAAGGACUUCCCCCUGAUGGGUCUCACAGGUCAGGAAAUCACCUAAACCAGUGGGACACCCUGUCACCCAGGGGAUAUCAGACUUCCCCGUCCCCGACACAAAAAGGCAACAUAGACAAUGAAAUUAAUAAUGGCGUGGAUGCUGAUGCAGGAAGUAGAGACUCUGGUCCAGGUGUGGCAGAGGACACUGCAAAUGGUUCAAAUUCAGAGGAACCUAACAUGGAUGGUGCAGAAGAAGCUAGCGUCAAAGCUACGGCAGAAGCAGAGUCUGCUGAAGGUCAACGGAAGCACGACAAGAGCUGGCUGCUCGUGGCCCUCCUGGUGCCCCUGUGUGUGUUCCUGGUAGUAAUGCUAGCUCUGGGGAUUGUUUACUGCACCAGCUGUGCUGUGGACAAGAGCCUUCGCUUUUCAGACUGCUAUCGCUGGAUACUCCCCACAACGCCUCCUGAGAGGAGGGAAGUGAAAACCCAAGCAUGAAACCAAAAAUAAUCAAACACGCACGGAUGUCCUUAAAAUGCAAAUGUCUGUUAAGAUUUGUCUAAAACUGCUAUCCACUCAUCAAGAAAACUUUUCAUUUUUGUCCUCUUGCACAGCUUUUGUAAAUAAUGUAGUCUGCCAUCAUUUUUUCGUUUGGUUUUUG